UUAGGGUUCAACGACAAAAUUUUGCGCCAUUUUUAACCUCUUCCCCUCAACACACAAAUCUCUCCACUCUUAUGGUUCAAUGGCGAAGGAAGACGAAAACCCAGCGACCCCAAUUGCCUCAAAACCCAGUCCCAACCUUAAGAAAGACCAAUCUCCGGCAACUGUGAACUCCCAAUCCAGUUCUUCCCAUCCCAUGAAUAACACUUGCGCCAACAAAAAUGCCAAUGAUGAUUCCACCCCGCCCAAAAAUCCCCUGACCCCAAAAGAGUUUAUAGUUUCUGUGGCUGCUAAAAUUGCCUCUCAGCCUCUUCACUACUCUGAUCCUGAUGUCUGGGGCGUCCUUACUGCCAUUUCUGAAACCGCCCGGAAACGCCAGCAGGGUAUUAAUAUGCUUUUAACCUCUGAUGAACACUGCAUUGGGCGAGUAGUCAAGGAUGUCACUUUCCAGAUUGUAUCACCGGCAGUUAGUGCAAAUCACUGCAAGAUAUAUAGGAAAAUAGUUGCUGCUGGAGAUGGGAAUAAUUCCUCAAGUUUUUUCACUUCUGUCUUCUUGAAGGAUUCUAGUACAAAUGGGACUUAUCUUAACUGGGAAAAGUUGAAUAAAGGUAGCUCUGAAGCUACACUACGUCACGGUGACAUCAUCUCAUUUGCAUUUCCUCCGGAUCAUGUGUCUGCAAUUGCUUUUGUAUUUCGAGAAAUUCUAAAAUUGUCUAACCAAGGGGACGGUGCAUCUCUGAAGAGAAAAGCAGAGGAGCCUGGAUCUGAGAGCAAGAGGCUUAAAGGAAUUGGAAUUGGUGCUUUGGAAGGCCCAAUUUCCCUUGAUGAUUUUCGGAGCCUGCAACGGUCGAAUCUUU